UCUUCAUGCCCUUUUUCACACACAGAUACACAUCCAGUGCUGGGGCAAAGGCUUCCUAAUUUCAGCUGAAAUAAGGGAAUAAGGGAGGGCAGGCAAGAGAGAGAGAGAGAGAGAGAGAGAGAGAGAGAGAGAGAGAGAGAGAGAGAGAGAGAGAGAGUGCGCAAGGCAGAGGAUGCGGAUCGAUAUCUCUUGCUGCUUCAGCAUGUAAAGGAGUGAGCGGAUCAAAACAAACCAGGAGAAGAAAGACGAGUAGGAGGAGAAGAGGAGGAACAGAGGACAGAUUCAGUCUCUUUGAGCAAUGGAUGCUGCUUCUCUUGCUCCCUAUGACCAGAGCACACAUGAGACGAGUUCGUUCUUCCGCUCUCAUCAUGUGAGAUCCCUGGUUCUCUCAUUCUCUGGAAUGGAUGUUCAGAUCUGUGGCACGAGGAAGAGGAUGUGUCUCUCCAUGCUCAAUGCAGAUGUUUCACCCCGGCCGAAUGGCAUGAUUUGUGCUCUGGAGUCCUGCUGAGCCGGUUGUUGUGGUGAUGGGAAGACGGGCGGCUGAUCUGGCCACUCCCGUGCCAGUGUCUGAAGUGCCAGCUUUGGUGGGAGUUCGCGAUUGGAGGACGGCCAACGGAGAGGCAGGACUUACCUGUUCUCACCAUUGUAACGUCGGGGUACAAACAUCGCCAGCCAUACGGAGCUGCCAAGAGAGCCGCCCUGUCGUCAGGUCAGAAAAGAGGAUGACCAUGCCGCCCAAUGGGCACAUCCCGGGAGAAGUGGAGGACAGGAAAGGACAAAAAAGGAGUGCUUUCUUUAAACACCGGAGCCUUGAGAAUAAGGUAAAAAAGGGUGUGACCUUCCAAGGUGUGGGCGAUGAGGAUGAUGAUGAUGAUGAUGCAUGUAAAGGCAAUAAAGCUGUAACGCACUGUGACACUCAGACAAUCCAAACCAACUCACAUCGGUCCAAUGGACGCGUUAAAGGAAAGAAGGAAUUCCGCCUCACCAACGGCAGUGUAGUCGACUCAGAGAUGUUGGGCGGGAUCAGCAGCGACAUCAGUGAAGGGCAAUCGUCGACUCUACGGCUCAAACCUACAGCGCACUCUGGGAAGAGGAAAGUUCCUCCGUGUUCGCCUCCUCACAGAUUCCCACUGAGGAUUUGCAGCAAAUGUGGCGGGAGGCAGAAUCCAGUGGCUGCGGUUCUUUUUACCAGCACCAGGGACACAAAUUCGCCCUGUUCUGCUGGCUCAGAGAGUCUAAGGUCUAGUCCCGCAGCUCGUCCGGUCUCAGGAAAAGAAACAGGAGCUUCACUUUCUUCUCCAAACACUGAAACUAAGAAAUACAGACUUAUGCAAAUGAACAGAGGGCCUGUGGUGACGUGGCCUCUUUCUAACCCAAAUAGCAACCAGCUAUUAUCAUCCACAAAGGAGGAAGAAGCGUUAAAACUUUCGAAACAUCAAUCAAGCUGGAGAUACGCUGGACUUGGCCUUCCAAACAUACACAGGGACACUCCGUUCAGUCACACGUCAGCUACAUAUACAGACACAGUUGCCAGGAGUGCAAUUCAGGAGACAGGCAUGCACACACACUCAGACCUCUGCUCUCAUAAGCCACCAUCACCGUCACACACACUCAUGCUCCAGGAACCAAGACCCUCCUCGCUCACACCAUACUCACAACAUAAUUCUAGCCUUAAAACAGACUCCCCAAAAGACACAGACGCCACACCAAAGAUAAAAUCAUACACACACAGCAAUAUCCUGACACACACCUCACACAUUGCUCUGUCAAAUCAUGCAAACAUCCAUCCGAAGGCUUUAACAUCUGACCAUUCUCCUGUAAUCGCUAAGAAUCAAAGCUUAGGACAGAGCGCCAAACAUUUCAGCACUUCAAACCCUAGCAGAGACACCCAAGUCUCGAAUGGUUUAGAGACCGUGCAAAACACACACUCGAGGCCUUCAAGCUGCUUGCAUGAGAAUCCACAUCCGCGAAUCCAUUCCAGCAUGCAUCCUAAACCGACCGCAGACAGCACCAAAUAUCAAUCUACGCAAACACACUCUCUGACCACUGACACAUCGUCAGCGAUAUCGCUCUGCACAGCCUUGUACUCCAAACCUUCCAUACCGCUUCACUGCUCUCUUCCACAUCCAGAUGCCAAACCAUGUUGCAUAUUAAAGAACCAACAAGUGAACUCUUCACACACUUCAGACACGAACGUCCAUACCAGCACUUCACUUAAACCAUGUCCUGCCACAACACUGAGUCGUUUAACCAAGUCCAACACAGUUACAAUCACUCAAGCGGUCAUGGAAAUGCAUUCGUACGGUACCCGCGAGCCUAAACCAGACACACAAAGUCGAUUUCUUGCACAAUCAGAGGCUCACGUUAAGUCUGUGCCAGAGAAACCGGAGGACAAAGUUUGUAAAUCAUCAGCACCAACUUUGGGCUCUGUUAAAUCUCCUUGUAAGUUAGCAACCGAGACUGUGACAGCUACAAAAAUAGGUUGUGAAUUUGUUGCAGAGACAGAAGGUGGGAGCCACUUGCAAGCUAAAUGUGAACUCCUUUCAACUUCAAAAUCACAAACAGUAACACACCAGCAAGCCACGGCUCAUCCUCCUGCCAGUCCUGCGUCCCACAGAACACCUCAUGAACCCGACCCCUUGGGUUCACUCUCAUGCCGACUUCCAACAAAUUUUCAUCCACACCCUCUGCAUCCGGCAAUUAAAUUACUAAUCGAGGUCGGUGAAAACAAAAGGACAAAUAUAGAUUCAAAUUCGAAUCGAUUUCUACUUUCUUCCUCUAUGCCUUCAGACCAGAUCCAGAACACACCGCUACAUCAAGAGUUAGAGACUGCAUCACAGACGAACAUUGUUUUACCCGUUCGUGGACCUGUUACGAAUGGUGGCUAUGCGCUCACACACUACCACCCUCCCUCUUUGGUUCUGCUGUCACGCAGUUCCCCCAAGAGCAGCAGGAAUCCAGACCUUCACAAGAGGCUGGAGAAGGUAGAGGCUAGUCUGCAGGCCAAACAGGAGCGAGUCACGACCCUGCUCAACAUCAUCCAAGACCUGGAGAUGAGCCACGCACUCAGCAAAGGACGCAGAUGUUUCAGAACUGGCCAGGAUUUAAGUGAUUGCUCCACCUGCCAGGAGACGGCAUGCAUCAUUUACAGUGUGGAAUAUGACUUCCGACAGCAGGAGCGGCGCUUCAGGGAUGUCUUAGAGCCUCUGGACUCCCCAGUGAGAGAGAUCUGGGAGGGGGUUAACAUGGACAUGCUCUCCUUUUUCACCUUGCUAAAACAGAACCACGCGCCAUCUCAGACCAGCAAUCACUUCGAGCCAGGAAGCAAGUGUAAAUUGAAGAAAAAGAAACUCUGCAGGAAGAUUUUAAGCUGGCUACCUCGAAAGGUCCAUAGGAAGUAGAUCGGACCUGUCAGGGUUCUUCACCUUUAUUUUUAAAAUUCGAUUAAACAGACUCCAUUCUGCUGUGAGACAGAUUAACAGAAGCAUCGUAUUCCGUCGACGUGAAUAAGUCUGGUAGAUCCAGAAAGACCGUGAGAUUUGUGAACAGGAACCUCUGAAGUAAAACCGUACAAGGUGACGGAUCUUCCAUGCCAACUCCGUUCUCAUCCUUUACUACCUACAUCGAGUAGUGACAUGAUGCUUCUGAAGACCAUUCAUGCUUGUUUAUUAACUUAAAAGGUAGAUAAAUAUUAAUAGAUCAGUUUCUUUGGGAUUGGUUUCAGGGUGGACUGGGAUCAGAUAUGGAGACCAGAUGUGGCCUAGUGACCCUGUGACCCUGUUGUUUACCACAUCUUACUUCAGAAGUUAAGAACAAUAAACCAGAGAUUCAAAAGACUCAAAAAUACACCCGGGUUAUUUUUGGGUCUUGUUUUUUGCCAAGUGCUAGUAUCAGGCAAGUACAUUAACACCAUUAUAAACAGCAUAGAGCUUCUGACUAUCAAAAUACUGUACAUGUGCCUUUAUACAGGUACACAUGUAGGGCUUGUGGCUUGUGUUUAGCUCUGUUCUGAAUUCUGAAUUCUGAAUUUGCACAUACAAAACCCUGAAUGGAUAUGACCGAUUUAAAAUCCUUUUAAAAUAAAUAAUUACAAUCGUAUGUGUGGCUCAGGUGGAAAAGAUCUCCAGGUUGUAGUCAAGCCUACUUUCAUUUCACUCACCUUUCUCACCUAAAUAGCUGUUCUGCCUUAAUGCCAUAAAAAAAAUUAUUUUUGCCAAAUAUUUAGCUAAAAAAAAGGUUUUUCAGGUUUAUCAGCACUGCUAAAGCUCCAAGUUGUCGUUGUUUUUUUUAAUACUCAGUUUCUGACCCAUGUGUCAUACGUAAUGAUGCUACGUACUGGUAGAUAAAAUGCCUAAUGCUAACACAUUUAAUCCCACCGCUAGCUAAAUGUGUUUAGUUACUUGGCUAGCAAUUGUUAACAAUUCCAUUGUAUUAUCUCUACCGUUUGACCGACAAGACCUAGUCGUCCGAGUGUUUAGCCUGGACACGAUCUUUAAUGCUAUCAGAAAGCUACAUGUUCUGAUAAACAGCAUAUGUAUCUAUCAAGGGUAAAAAAAAUGGAUUUUUAGAAUAAAUUAUGAUAUGGCGAGUGUUUUGUUAUGAGUUCCUCCAUAAUGCUGUCUUGUUGAAACUAUUUUGUCUAGUAAACC